UGUCAGUAAAUGUGAACAUCUAACGGAUCUAUAAAAGCAUUAAAGCAAAUGAAUAUUAAACCAUUUUCUGAAUUGACCGUACAGUUCAGAUAAUGUAGUGAACUGCAAAGAAAGAAACCGUAUAAAUUUUAUUGUAUCUUGAUAAUUGUUACAGGAACUUUUUAUUAUUAAAGUUAAAUAUGUAUUACGAUUUGUACACCGUCUAUGAGUCAGUAGGAUGGCUUUAUAGGCUGAUGGGAUGUUUCCCAUAUGUCCUUAGUGGACCUAAGAAAUCAAGAUGUUAUGUGUUGAGUACGAUAGCAGUGACGUUCAACAUUUUGUUCUUUAUUAUGGGUGCAAAAUAUUUUUACGACUAUUUAAAUAUGGUAAAACAACGUUUUAUGUUCUCGAUGGAUGACGAUUCUUUAUCAAUUCUUAUUUUGGCACUGCGACAGUUUUUCAGUAUCGUCUGCAUAUUAGAUGCUAUGAUUUUAAAGAUCUUUUAUAGUAAACAAAUAAUUUUGUCUACGAAACAACUUGCCAUCCAAGACGAGGUAUUAAAAAGCUUUGGAUAUCAAUUCAAAUAUAAACAAGCAGCCAAGUUGAGCUUUAUAGUAGUAAUUAUAAUACUACUUAUCUCAUAUAGUAUAAUUAAUUUAGAGUUUUUAACACUAAUAGCACUGUAA